AUGUCUCGACUCCGAUAUCAGCUGAUUAUCUCUGCUGUUGUGUUGUUUAUUGUUGAAUGUAUCUUGUUGUUGGAUCCGAUCACGGCCAUUAGUCAUGUGUCGAAUAUUCCCUAUCACGAACUGACUGCAAAAUUGAAAGGUCAAUUAAUUAGUAGUACUGAAUCGAAUUCACAACUUGCACAUUUGUAUAAUGAAUCAAUUUAUAUCGAUAAUGGUUCGUAUCAGAUUAGACCUCGUGUGGUAGUAUUGCCAUUGGAUGUACGUGAUGUGCAGGAAACUGUCAAAUUUGCAUCCAAAUAUCAAGUGCAAUUUAGUGCUAAAUGUGGUGGACAUUCAGCUGUUGGUUAUUCAUUGAAUCCUGAACUUGUGUUGGAUAUGAGAUAUUUCAACAAGACACAAGUUAUCGAUACCGUGAAUGGAAUUGCUUAUAUUGAAGCUGGAUUGCAAUGGAAUACAAUUUAUCCAGCCUUGGCUCCAUUUGUUCCUGUUGCUGGAACUUGUCCACAUGUUGGAGUUUCAGGAUUUACUUUGGGAGGAGGCUAUUCCAUGUUGUCUCGUUCCUAUGGAUUGGGAAGUGAUCAAGUUAUUGAAUUUGAUGUGGUCUUGGCAAAUGGUGACUAUGUUCAUGUGAAUAAUAAUUCAUAUCCUGAUUUAUAUUGGGCUCUCAGAGGUGGAGGUGGUGGUAAUUUUGGAGUAAUGACUGCCAUAAAGACAAGAGUUUACCAAUCGAAACCAAUCAUGACCUCACAAAUAUGUUGGACUUUUGAACAAUCGCUUAAUGUAUUGCAAUUCUAUAAUCACUGGACUCAAUCAAUUCCAAAGGAGAUGACUGCUUAUGGUCUCUUCUUCCAAGUCCCUAAUAUUUUACAAGAUCAAUUCUGUUUGACUUUUGUUUACAAUGGAGAUUUUGCAGAGGGAACAAGAUUGAUUGAACCAUUCCUCUCAAUGAAUGGAAUUUUGAGUUUCCACAAAAAGCAAACAUUCCCAGAAUUUAUGAAAACCUUCUCAUCUGGCACUACUGAUAUUAAGAAUAGAUAUGGUAUUGUCAAGUCUGGCCUGGUUAAUUUGGGAAAUUUCAAUGGUGACUUUGUUGCAACCAUUUACAAAUAUGUCAAGAAUAGACCAUCAAAGCAUUCUAUGGUUAUCUUUUCUCAUGUUGGUGGCAGAGUUCGUGAAAUUCCUCUCGAGUCCACUGCAUUCUAUAGAAGAAAUGCUGAAUUUACCUUUGAGUUUAAGGCAAUUUUUGAUAGGAAGGAAGAACAUACAACAAAUUCUAAAUGGAUUGAAGAAUUUUACUCCAAAGUCAAGUACAAUUUCGAUGGUGCUUACGUUAACUAUAUUGAUGACAAGUUACCAAAUUGGAAGAGUGAAUAUUAUGGAGAUUUCUACAAUAGAUUAUUGGAAAUCAAGAGAAAGUAUGAUCCAAGCAACUUUUUCAAUUUUAAACAAAGUAUUGGUUCCAAUUAUGAUAUUGCCAAAGAGAGUUCCAAAUUGAUUCACAUUGAUAACUCCAACAAACAAAGUGUUAAAUCCACAAGAGAUGAGGAAAUUAUCAAGCGAGUUCAUCUCUUCCAGAAAGGACAAGUUGAAAGAGACAUUCCACUAUUGGAUAGUUUGUUUGCCAUCGAUUCACAGGUCAAUAUUCCAAUAGGAUCCAAUAAUGUGAAGGGUAAGAAACAAAUCAUUGACAACUUUGCAAGCUUCUUUGAUACUUUAGUCAACAUCACAGAGGAUAUUACAAGUAAGAUUGAAGUCAAUAAUUUAUAUGCUGGUUUCUCAAAGAACAUUUCUCAAUUCAACAAGAAAGGUUGCCACGUAAAGUAUCGUGUUAUCAAUUGGUUCCAAUUUGAUGAAAAUUUGCUCAUCACUGAGUUCUCUGCCCUCUUCAAUUUGACCCACGUAAUUGAACAAGCUAAUUGCAAGAAAUAAAUCAUCAUCAUCAAUUACUUUCGA